CAAUUCCUCAUAGCUUAAGUUUCAAGGAAAGCUUAAGUUUUUCAUGAAAACAGUAUAGUAGUAAAAACAUAUAUAAAGAAACAUAUAUCUAUACUUCAUUACAACUUAUGUAUAGCAAGUUCGAACACUGUGUAACAUUCUAAACAAUAAUUCGCAGAAGAGGUCGUCAUGCCUGCAACGAAAGAUGAAGUUGAUCAACUUAUUGCAUCUCAUACCAUUGUGAUAUUUUCUAAGACGAGUUGCCCAUAUUGCAGAAUGGCUAAGCAGAUCUUUGACAAAUUGCAAAAGAAAUACAAGUCUAUCGAAUUAAAUGAAAGGGAUGACGGAGAUGAAAUCCAAUCUAUAUUAGGUGAAAUGACUGGAGCUAGAACAGUACCUAGAGUAUUUGUAAACGGAGUAUGCUUGGGAGGUGGAACAGACGUGAAGAAAUUAUACGAGAAAGGAGAAUUACAAAAAAUGUUUUAACAUGUUACUUUUGUACUACUUAACUUGUUAGAAUUAUUUGUUGUUUCUUUUGUCUAAAUUAAUAAAGAUUAUUAUUUGCAC